AUGAGCAAUCGCAAAAGGGCUGAGAUGCAAUUACAAAGUUUACUCAAUGAAUCAGAAAAAUCAUUACCUGCAUUUGUACGCCGUGCCGGUGAUAAUCUAGGUAGUGAACAAUUAUCCGUUGAACAAAUAUCAAAAUUACUGAAAACUCAAGAAUUUCUUAUCAGACGUCUUGCGUGCAUUUUCUACUCGUCAACAAAGAAUGUGCAAGAUGUAAAAACACUCACUAAACUUCAAGCACAAAAAUUAACAUGUAUUCUCAAUGGUACUAUGGAAGUACGUGCGCUUGUAUUUUUCAUGAUACUCGACGAAACCGGUGAUGAAUAUGUGACCAGGGCUGGAAUGACAGAUUUUUAUGAAAAAUAUUUCAAAGGUCUUAAAAUUUUAGAUGGAGAUCGAAUACAAGAGGUUAUUCAAGUACUUCUGCAAAAAUUUCAUCUUGAUCAAAAGGAUAAAAUAGAUUUUGAAGAAUUCUACUCAAUUGUAUAUAAAGAUCUAACAUUUCUUGAAUGUCUGUCACAAUUUACGGUUCAUCCAACGUGGUUUACGAACUCUCCAUCGAGCCAACCAGCAAAACAGAGUAAAUUUCAAGAAUUACUUUCAAAUCAUUGUUGCAAACGAGAAAAUAAGGAACAAAAGAAAACUAAGUUAUCAAUGGCUUAUAUGAAGAAUAAUCUUUCACGUAUAAUCAUGUUAAUUGUUUAUUUAUUAAUUAAUCUUGGCCUAGUUAUAUAUGUUAUUUGGUAUCGAACAGUCAAAGUAAAAUCAAAUGUACCAAUCAUAUUUGCUCGUAUUUUUGGCAUGUUACUGAAUUUCAAUUGUACAUUUAUUAUUGUACUCAUGCUUAAGCAAACGAUACUAAUCAUUCGAAGCAAUAAAUUCUUACGAAAAUGUAUACCUGUUGAUGAUCAUAUAGAUUUUCAUAAAGUUGUAGGACGUAUUAUUGUGGUUUUUUCUAUUUUACAUACUGUUGCACACGUAGUCAAUGUUGGAGUAUAUAACAGCCAUUCCUGGGUGGCAUAUCUGUUUACCACAGAACCAAAUAUUGGAUGGAUUGGUGGCUUUGCAUCAUUGAGUGGUUUUCUUCUAUGUAUUAUUCUGACUCUAAUGGUGGUUUGUUCCAUGAGAUGGAUUCGACGUGGUGGACACUUUCAAGUAUUCUAUUGGUCACAUUUAUUGUAUUUGCCUUUUUAUAUAUUGCUUAUUAUUCAUGCUCCGAAUUGUUGGAAAUGGAUUAUUGGCCCAUUAUUCAUUUUUUUCCUUGAAAAAGUCUAUUCAAUUGUUACCAGAUAUUCAUCAAGAAAUGGCCGAACUUAUAUUCAUUCAGUUAGGAUUGAACAAUCGAAUGUGAUUAGUUUAAAUAUUCAUCGACCAAAACAUUUUAAUUUUCAAUCUGGUGAUUAUAUCAGCAUUAAUAUACCACGCGUUACUCUCUAUGAAUUUCAUCCAUUCACAAUCAGUAGUGCUCCAGAAGAAAAAGAUUAUAUACGUGUACAUAUUCAGGCAGUAGGCGAUUGGACAAAACAAGUUUAUCAACGUUUCAAAGAAAUGUCAGAAGAAGAAGCGCAUGAAAAUCAAAUAAAAAUCUAUCGUGCCGAUAUUCAUCCACACGAAUCAUUAGCUAAUUUUCAAAAUGUAGAACACGAUCAAACUGGUAAUCAAUCGAAUGUGAAGUCGAAUAAACGAGAACCAAUUUUUGUCAAAGGACCUUAUUCAUCGUGUGCUCGAUAUGUAUUUGAUUGUAAACAUGUUGUUUUAAUCGGAGGAGGUAUUGGUGUAACACCGUAUGCAUCGAUUCUAUCAAGUCUGAUGGCACAAUUUUGUGCAUCGUCUAUUAUUUGUAAACAUUGUAAUCGCACGAAUUAUCUCUCAACAGGUCUGAGCGGAAAACGUCGAUUACAAAAAGUUGAUUUCGUCUGGGUAAAUCGGGAUUACAAAAAUUUCGAAUGGUUCCUCAAUCUUCUUCGUCAAUUUGAACAAGAACAAGAAAAUUAUUUAGCAUUAAAUCCAAAUGAAAAACGUUUUCUUGAUCUACAUUUAUACUUUACUGAAAUAAAACACGAUGAAAAUAUUGGUAAUGUACCAUUAGAAUUUGUAACGAAGACCUGGGCAGAAAUGACUGGACAAGAUAUAUUUACAAGUUUAAAAUGUAAAACACAUUUUGGGCGACCUCAAUGGGAAAAAUUAUUUCAUAGUUUUCUAUCAACGGAAAACACUUCCACCGCUAAUGAUGUUAGCGUCUUCUUCUCUGGGCCAUCCAGUAUGGGCGACACGAUUAAAAAUCGUUGUAGAGCAUUUCGAUUUCGAUAUUAUGAAGAAAACUUUUAA